UCCCUGACUGUGGAGUUUGCUAGAUUUCUGUAUGAGGAACAUCUGGGCUAAGGUGAGAGUAAACAAAGAAGCUGGACAUAGUUAAACAUUUACGAACAUUCGGCGAAGGGGAUAGAGUUAGUGAACAGCGUAAAAUCAGUACAGAUGUGUUUGAGAGGCGUACGAGACUGACCAAGGUUUGAUAAACUGCUUCAACACUCUCAGUCGUGAUGGAGUUGAGGAAGCUCCUCUGGUGCUUCGCUCUCCUUUUCAUUGGUGCCAGUAUUGCUGACAUUCAGACCUUACAUGACAUUAAGGAUCUGAAAGGCAUUGAAUUUGGACAUGAGUAUCCUCGCCAUGGUCUUCUGCUGCUGCACUGGUUGGCCAGACAUGUCACCAUCAAUCAAGCAGAAGACUACCUGCUUCAUUUCGACCCUGUGCGGCAGGACUACGGCUUCCAGCACUAUGAAAAUCCCCAAUGUACCGAGGAAUUUGGUCUUCCACACUGGAACGACACACUGGACAGGGAGUACUACUCUUUGGGCAGCCUCAGUUCGGAGGCAGUCCGAACCCAGCUGCCUCCAUACGUGACCCAAGACUACUACAAUUCCCUUGAUAACCCCAACAGAGACCUUGACCUGAUUAUUGUUCGAGUACAAAAGAGCAGUCCAACGAUAGCGGACAAAGUGUACAUUACGAGCAUACGAGGUUGCGAUGAUGACCAAAAUAAAACCCAUGAGAUCAGUUCUAAGCUCUUGAGGCAAGUUCAAGCUUUGCAAAAGCCUGUUAAUAUAUUACUAACUUUACUAUCAGACAGUUGGGACCCUAGUAUAACACGGUCAGAUGAUCCUAGACUCGCACUCACCAAAGGUGAAUUCAGGACUCACCUGCAAAACGUCGAAAAAUACCUCAAGGGCAUUUUUGAGCAACUAGAUGUGAGGUGGCUUCUGAGUCUGGCAGGAUACGACGUAGAGGCCAGAUAUGACGUCCAUAAGCAAACUUGGCUCUGCUCAACAGACGAGCCAGCCCAACACAAGGAAUCCAAUCUUGAGACGACUUGCGAAGCCAACAUCCCAGUGAAGAUAGAGGUGAAAUCAACACCGUAUGGCUACGCCAGGCUCACGUGGAGUGGGAUUCCCAACAACAUCAUAGAAAAGGAUCCAAUUAUUGUCCUUUUCGGAAGUGACACCUCCACCAGUCUUGAGACUUUCGAAUCUCUUCAAAGGCAAACAUCAGGAUCUGCAGACACUUUUGUGGUGCUGAAACAUGGACUUCAUCCACGUCUCGUUACGUACAAGUUCGGAAGUGGACGCGGUUUCAUUGGGCUUCAUUACACGGUCUAUUGGAGAGGGCCGCAGUUUGAUGCUGCUAACAGGGUCAUUCCUACUGAAAUUAGUGGCUACAAUGCAAGUCUUCAACUCUACACCAAAGAUGGCUACGCAUGCGCUCGCCUCUACAUCAAGAACUCCUUCACCAAUUGGAAAGAUGAGUUCUACAACUCAUGGGUGGGAUUCUACGCAAGCGAACAAGAUCCUGACCACACAUAUCAGCACUACCAGUGGGUCUCCAACUUUGAGAAGGUUGGUGAAGAAGACGAUGACACUAAAGAGUAUCUCGUCUAUCAGUAUCAGUCAUCUAUGAGUAUCGGUCCCUGGAGUCCAAGCUCGCUUUCUGUUUUCUGAAGAAACUGUCCGCACUUACAUUCUUCUCAGAUGGUACACUCCAACCAUGAAAGCCCGCACUGUUCCCUGGGAGAAAGUGAAAACCUAACCAUAUGGGGAACAAAUGAAGGAAAAUGCCUCAAGGAAACCCUAAUGCAUUGAAAUGUCGAUGUUUUUAAAUGUUCCAUUCAUUUAAUGAAGCAUUUUUUCAUAUAAGCCUUAAAUAUCAUCAAUGUUUUGAUUGUUUUAAUGCUUAGAAAAGUUUUAUGCCAAGCGAGUGAACUCAUGCUCAUAUAGUUAUGCACAUAUUGUACUAAUUUACUGCAUGCUUAAAAGGUUGGCUGUUUCAUGUAGACCUAAUUGUUGCCCAAAUAAACACUUAAAUCAUGAAUAAAUGAUAAACAAUCUUCUUUGCUUUUCAGUGCAGACUGUCUUUUGCUUCUGCUUGUUAUGGAAAAUCUGAUCUAAACUUAAUUUGGUAACACAAAUCCUACUAUAGAACAUUGACAUAACCAUGCUAUAAACAUGUAAUUACAGACAUCAUACGGAGCCAUGAGUUUUUCCAACAGAUUUGUCCAGUAAUAUCAUAGUGUUCCCUUUAUUGGCUAAAAUAUUUUAAAAAGAUGGUUCUUCAAGGGUUCUUUAGUAAAGAGAACUGUUUUAUAUCGAACCAUGAACAUUCAAAAAAACCUUUGUAUGAUUAAAGUAUGUAUCAAAUGUAGUGAUGUGUUGAGGUGAUAAACACAUUGUAUUAACUAGGCGGUGAUCAGAAACUACAAAAUGAUGUUACUCUCCUCUAGUGUGAUGUCAUUUGUGUCACUUUGGUGCCCUCUACGGUCUCAGCAGUAUUAUUUACAAACACCUGGGUUGGUUAUUACAUUACUGUGUUAUAAUAUGCUGGUGGAAUCAGGCAGUGGAGGCCUAACUGCAAAUGACUAUCCAGUAAUUCAAGAUGUGAGAGUUGUUGUAAAGAACUGAGCUGUAUGUUUAUACCUGACUUUAUUAAAACUUGUAGAUGGCUACAAAAUAUAAAAAGCCAUCUGAAGAAACAUAUUAAAGAAUUAUUGUGACCUCCAGAUGGUCGAUGAA